AUGGUAUUGUUCCCAUCUUCUUGUAUGCAUUGCAUGCUGGUGGUGGCGUUGCUUGUCAUGGCUAUGGCGGCUCCAAGGGCCGUGGCGUUGCUUUACGACGACAUCGAGCAGACGUGGGGCGCGGACCACAGCUUCUUCUACAUGGACGGGGACGUCGACACGCUCGCGCUCUGCCUCGACGAGACCCACGGCUCGGGCUUCCAAACCAAGGACGCGUACCUCUACGGCCGGUUCGACAUCGACAUGAUGCUCAUCGCCAACAACUCCGCCGGCACCGUCACCACGGUCUAUCUGAUGCCGGAUGAAGUGCCGUGGGAGUACCACGACGAGGUAGACCUGGAGUUCCUCGGCAACGUCACCGGCGAGCCGUACACGCUGCACACAAACAUCUUCGUCAACGGUGUCGGCCGCCGUGAGCAGCAGUUCCGGCUCUGGUUCGACCCCACCGCUGACUUCCACACCUACUCCAUCGUCUGGAACCCCAAGCACGUCCUGAUCCUCAUCGACGGCGUGCCGGUACGCGACUACAAGAACGACGCGGCGCGCGGCGUGCCGUUCCCGACGUGGCAGCGGAUGCGGCUGUACGGGACCCUGUGGAACGCCGACGACUGGGCGACGCAGGGCGGGCGCGUCAAGACGGACUGGACGCAGGCGCCAUUCUACGCCUACUACCGCAACCUCCGCGUGACGCCGUGCGUGCCGUCACCCGGCGUGGCGUGGUGCGGCGACGAGCCGCCGGAGUCGGUGCUGUUUGAGCAGGCACUGGACGCGUCGGCGCUGCAGCGGGCGCGGGAGGACCACAUGAUCUACGACUACUGCAGGGAUCACAACCGGUUCAAGGACAAGGGGCUCCCCAAAGAAUGCACCACGGACUAGCUAGACAAUGUGUCGUUCGUUUGUAAAUUAAGCGAAAAUUAAAUUGUUCCAACCUAGAUUUUAAAUUAUUUCAUCCAUUUAUCGUACUUAAAAUUCAUAUUUUAGUUUUCCUUCUCUUUUGACCUGUAACAAUUUUUUGUUUCAGAAUUGGCAUGUAAGUUUCUCUUGUUGGCAGCCAUCCUCUUAUUUGAACUGUG